AUGGCUCAGCCUCAUGGUCCUCCACUGGUGAAUCCCUCCCGUUGUUCUGCGAUUGCAGCAUGGCAAGGGCGCCUCGGUCGAUUCCCGUGUCAAAUGCACCAGGUGCUCCACACUGAACUGGCCAGUUGCUCUCGCCAAUCGCAUAUGGGCCCGAAGCGCAGGCAAAACACCUUCGACGAACUGGUCAGACAGCAACUGCUGGCGCGACACUCCGUCCAGUUCCGGAAAAGCCCAAUUCAACGACUGAUGCAGGCUGGCGAAGAACACCAUGGGGUCGCCUCUAGGUCCGAUCCUGGCUGUCUUGAACUGCCUCAUAGCCUACCGGCGGUCGGCCGGACGCAAAUGUCAUCACCCUCCUCACUCUCAGCUGACUCAAACAGCUUCAUUUAUUCUAAACGGGACUCGUACGGUUCAAACUGGAAACUACCGAGCGCGUCAUAUGCCGCAAAUGUCACCGGUCAACAAUUACAAAAAGACAAACUGAAACCGCUCUCCAUGAAGAAAAUUGUCGUGGCCUUCCAGUGUGGCCCACUGUCAGCACAAAAUGUUUUGAGUCUUCUCAAAUUGGAUGAGCUAUUCGAGAACCGACGUUGGUGUUCCACUCCUUGCGGUUAUUUUUUGCUACCGCAGUACGGUUCAAACUGGAAACUACCGAGCGCGUCAUAUGCCGCAAAUGUCACCGGUCAACAAUUACAAAAAGACAAACUGAAACCGCUCUCCAUGAAGAAAAUUGUCGUGGCCUUCCAGUGUGGCCCACUGUCAGCACAAAAUGUUUUGAGUCUUCUCAAAUUGGAUGAGCUAUUCGAGAAC